CCAGUAAGAGCACAAGAGGAAGACGGUAGAAGCGAGCACAUGGGCAACAAGGUCUUUUCCUUCCACCACCGGCCUUCUCCCUCGAACUCCGGCGACCUCGCCGCCGCCAUGGACCGGUGGACGGGCGUCGUCGACGCACCUCUCUCCCGAGGCGGCCCCCUCUUACGCGUCGCCGCGUCGCUCAUCCUCUCGCCCGCCAAAACGCUCGCUGUUCCACGCGCCAACGCGAUCCUCUUCACGGGAGACCGCGUCCGCGGCACCGGCGAUCCGGUGAUCAAGCAGCUCUCGGGCGCCGCCCACCUCGCUAGGGUCCUCGCUGGGAAGCUCUCAGGGGAGACCAAUGCAUGGGUGGUCGAUGCGGCUUGCUUCGCUGGGCCAUUUGUGGUCUACCAACAGCUUGUCCCGUCCGUGGACUCCGCUGGCGACCCCAACUCCACAAGGGGUAUGAAUGAAUCCACUGGCUUCCCGGCCGCGGCUGGCAUAGCCAGCAUCUUUGAGCAUGGCAUUGGUGAGCUGAUACAAAAUAAGAUCUCGGGAUGCUCAUCAAAGGACUCAGCUGUCAAUCAGCAUCCCGCAGCAUCAUUGACAUCCUACUGUCCUCCUAGGACUAUCAUCCUGGGAUUCAGUAAGGGUGGAGUUGUUGUCAACCAGCUUGUGACAGAACUUUCUUGUUGGGCAUCGAAAUCAAUGAAAAACUCAGUUGAUGUUUCACGACCAAAUCCAUAUGAUCUGACCCAUAAUCUCCCAGUUCCUACUUCAACUGGUGAUGUUUUAUCAAGUGGGAAGAAUAUUUUUGAAUUCCAUUAUGUGGAUGUUGGCCUCAAUUGUGCUGGAGCAUACAUUACUGACCAUGCAGUGUUCAAGGAGAUGGCCAAUUAUGUUUCACGUACUAGUAAGAACCUCCGUUUUGUCCAUGGCACUCCGAGGCAGAGGUCUGAUCCGAACCGCUCAUGGAUCCUGAAGGAGAAAGACAUAAUGCUGCUGUUACUUCGAGAUGAGGCUCAAAGGUGCGAAGGGAGGCUAUUGACAUCUGAAAAGAAGUAUUUUGAUGGCAGACCUCGUAGUCUGCUGAUGCAUUUUGAGAUUUUGGAAGCAGUGGAUAUUAGCUGAUAGUUGGUCCGUACAGCUUGUAGCCUUGUAUUGUAUUUGCACCGUAGCAGUAUACGGAUAACAGGAUGUGAGUAUGCUUCAGGGUCUGCGUUACUAC